UGGGCGGGCGGUCGCGCCGGAGGUGGCGGAUUCAAGAUGGCGCCGUGCGGACGUGUCCGGAGCCGCUGUCCGGGCCCGGCGCUCCUCCUGCUCCUGGCGCUGGCGGCGCGGCCGGCGGCGGGGGGUCCUCCUCCCGCGGGCCCCGCCGGUGGUGCCAGUCUGGGCUUAGGGGGGCAGCAGGCGGUUGGGCCGGGCGCGGCGGGCCCGCGGGUUCCCCGCGGCGGCGGCGGUUCGGGCAGCGGGUGGAAGCUGUCGGAGGAGGCGGUGUGCCGGGAGGACGUGGUGCGGCUCUGCUCCAAGCACAGCUGGGCCAACAACCUCGCCGUUCUCGAGUGCCUGCAGGACGUCCGCGAGCCAGAUAAUGAAAUCUCUUCAGACUGCAAUCAUCUCUUGUGGAACUACAAACUGAACCUGACUACAGAUCCGAAGUUUGAAUCCGUGGCCAGAGAAGUCUGCAAGUCCACUAUUGCAGAGAUCAAGGAGUGUGCAGAUGAACCAGUUGGUAAAGGCUUCUUGGUGUCAUGUUUGGUGGAUCACAGAGGCAACAUCACUGAAUACCAGUGCCAUCAGUACAUCACUAAAAUGACAGCCAUUAUCUUCAGUGAUUAUCGGUUGAUCUGUGGCUUCAUGGAUGACUGCAAGGCUGACAUCAAUCUCCUGAAAUGUGGCAGCAUUCGACCUGGAGAAAAGGAUGCCCACUCGCAAGGAGAGGUGGUGGCAUGCCUGGAAAAAGGCCUGGUAAAAGAGGCAGAGGAGACUGAUCCUCGAAUUCAGGUUUCCGAUCAGUGUAAGAAGGCAAUUCUUCGUGUAGCUGAGCUCUCUUCAGAUGACUUCCACUUGGACCGGCAUCUCUACUUUGCAUGCCGAGAUGAUAGAGAACGAUUUUGUGAAAAUACUCAGGCUGGGGAAGGCCGAGUCUACAAGUGCCUCUUUAAUCACAAGUUUGAAGAAUCGAUGAGUGAAAAGUGUCGUGAUGCGCUGACAACCCGCCAGAAGCUGAUUGCCCAAGACUACAAAGUCAGCUACUCGCUGGCGAAGUCCUGUAAAAGUGAUCUGAAGAAGUACCGCUGUAACGUGGAGAACCUCCCCCGGUCUCGGGAAGCCAGGCUUUCCUAUCUGCUGAUGUGCUUGGAAUCCGCUGUGCACAGAGGUCGACAAGUGAGCAGCGAGUGCCAGGGUGAAAUGUUGGAUUACCGGCGCAUGCUCAUGGAAGACUUCUCGCUGAGCCCAGAAAUCAUCCUGAGCUGCCGAGGGGAGAUCGAGCACCACUGCUCGGGCCUGCAUCGCAAAGGUCGCACCCUGCACUGCCUCAUGAAAGUAGUACGGGGCGAAAAGGGGAACGUCGGGCUUAAUUGUCAGCAGGCGCUUCAAACGCUGAUUCAAGAAACUGACCCUGGUGCAGAUUAUCGCAUUGACCGAGCGCUGAACGAGGCCUGUGAGUCGGUGAUACAGACUGCCUGCAAGCAUAUACGCUCUGGAGACCCAAUGAUUCUGUCUUGCCUGAUGGAGCACUUGUAUACUGAGAAGAUGGUAGAGGACUGUGAGCAUAGGCUCCUGGAGCUCCAGUAUUUUAUAUCUCGUGAUUGGAAAUUGGAUACAGUCCUUUACCGCAAGUGUCAGGGAGAUGCCUCCCGUCUCUGCCAUACCCAUGGCUGGAAUGAGACUAGUGAGCUGAUGCCUCCAGGGGCUGUUUUCUCCUGCUUGUACAGGCAUGCGUACCGCACAGAGGAGCAAGGCAGGAGGCUAUCACGAGAGUGCAGAGCAGAGGUCCAGAGAAUUCUCCACCAGCGCGCCAUGGAUGUGAAGCUGGACCCAGCCCUCCAGGACAAGUGCAUGAUCGACUUGGGGAAGUGGUGCAGUGAAAAAACAGAGACGGGGCAGGAGCUGGAAUGCCUUCAGGACCAUCUUGAUGACUUGGCCUCUGAUUGCAGAGACAUAGUGGGAAACCUCACUGAGCUGGAGUCUGAGGACAUUCAAAUCGAAGCCUUGCUGAUGAGAGCAUGUGAGCCCAUUAUCCAGACAUUCUGUCAUGAGGUUGCAGACAACCAGAUUGAUUCUGGGGAUCUAAUGGAGUGUCUAAUACAGAACAAACACCAGAAGGAAAUGAAUGAAAAAUGUGCAAUCGGAGUUACUCAUUUCCAGCUGGUUCAAAUGAAAGAUUUUAGGUUCUCAUACAAGUUUAAAAUGGCUUGCAAGGAGGACGUGCUGAAACUUUGCCCCAACAUUAAAAAAAAGGUGGAUGUAGUGAUCUGUCUGAGCACAACUGUGCGCAAUGAUACUUUGCAGGACGCCAAGGAGCACAGGGUGUCUCUGAAGUGCCGCAAGCAGCUGCGUGUUGAGGAGCUAGAGAUGACUGAGGACAUCAGACUCGAACCAGAACUGUAUGAGGCUUGUAAAAGUGACAUAAAGAAUUACUGCCAAAACGUGCCCUAUGGCAAUGCUCAGAUUAUUGAAUGCCUAAAAGAAAUCAAAAAGCAGUUGAGUACCCGGUGCCACCAGAAGGUGUUUAAACUGCAAGAGACAGAGAUGAUGGAUCCAGAAUUGGACUACACACUCAUGAGAGUCUGCAAGCAGAUGAUCAAGCGGUUUUGUCCAGAAGCAGACUCAAAAAAUAUGUUGCAGUGUUUGAAACAAAACAAGAACAGUGAAGUGAUGGAUCCUAAAUGCAAGCAAAUGAUUACCAAGCGCCAGAUUACCCAGAACACAGAUUACCGCUUAAAUCCAGUGCUCAGGAAGGCCUGCAAAGCAGACAUACCGAAAUUCUGCCAAAAUAUCCUGAAUAGAGCCAAGGAUGAUACAGAGUUGGAAGGACAAGUCAUCUCAUGCCUGAAGUUGAAAUACGCAGACCAGCGUCUCUCUUCAGACUGCGAGGACCAAAUUCGAGUGAUAAUCCAGGAAUCGGCUCUUGAUUAUCGGCUGGAUCCCCAACUUCAGAUGCACUGUUCUGAAGAGAUUUCCAACUUGUGUGCAGAAGAAGCAGCAGCUCAGGAGCAGACUGGGCAGGUGGAAGAAUGUCUGAAAGUAAAUCUGCUGAAAAUAAAAACUGAAAUGUGCAAGAAGGAAGUGCUCAACAUGCUGAAGGAAAGCAAAGCAGAUAUAUUUGUUGACCCAGUGCUUCACACAGCCUGUGCCCUGGACAUCAAACACCACUGUGCUGCCAUUCCACCGGGGAGAGGACGCCAAAUGUCAUGCUUAAUGGAAGCUCUGGAAGAUAAGCGUGUGAGGUUGCAGCCUGAAUGCAAGAAACGCCUUAAUGAUCGUAUUGAAAUGUGGAGCUAUGCUGCAAAGGUUGCCCCAGCAGAAGGCUUUUCUGACCUUGCCAUGCAAGUUAUGACCUCUCCAUCCAAGAAUUACAUACUGUCUGUGAUCACGGUCGGCAUCUGUGUACUCUUCCUCAUCGGCCUGAUGUGUGGACGCAUCACCAAGCGGGUGACAAGAGAGCUCAAGGACAGGUAGAGCCUGGAUUGCCUGCUGAAGAAAUGCCUGCCCAGUGCCCAGUUUUGUACAGCCCUCCUCUGUAUAGUCUACCCACCCCCUCUUGUGAGAGGAGAAUAAAAAGAAAAAAAAAAAAAAAAAUUAGAACAGCAGCAGGUGUUGGCUCAGUUUUCCCAUCCUGGAUCUCAUCCACAGCAUCUUCAUCCUAUGAAAGUUUGUGUGCAACAUUGGCAGCCCAGCCAGCAGCUUUUGUUACCCCUUUGUUAGCAGACUCUCGUUUACCUGCCUGUAGACAAGUCUCUAUUGUACUGUUGGAACUGCCUUCACUCUCAAAUCAGACUGAUAUGACCUGCAGCUCAAGCAGUUUUUAAGUAAAUUUUUAAAGAAAGACAUAUAUCUGCAUACCGACUACAUGAUUUAGGUAAUGGUUCAUACUGAAAUCUUGUCAUCCUCUGUGGCUGGGUGAAAUUGAGGCAGGAAAUUGAAGGGUAAAUUUCAUCUUACACCACAGUUGGCCUUGUUUUGGACAUCUUGCUGAUCUUAUGUAAAGCAUCUUCAGAGCAUAGUCUUGGACAACCUAAAAAUACCAGUCACUGGUGUCAUCUUCUAGUGAAUAUCCUGCUUUUGUUGCUGUGGAUUUAUUUUGGCUGAAAAGAUGUCCUCCCUUUCUUCCUCUGCCACUCGCGAGAUAGAAUAAAAUACUGUCCAGGAUCAAAUACUCAUGUGAGCUGUACAACUUGUAUUUCAGUAGAUUGAAGACACGGUGUAGACGUGAGGCACGUGGAGCCUGUCAGUAGUGCACAGCACUGCUGUCGGGCCACUAAGUGCCGUAAUCAGUUACUUGGUCAACUUUUUCAUUAGGGAUGAUGCAGUAUAAUUCUAACACUCCUUUUAUUUUUCCUUGCUGCUGCUAAGCUAUUACUCUUCCGAAUUAACUAUCUGCAGAUGAUAUGGACACACUGGCAAUACGUUGCUUUGUCAGUGAUGCAGAAAGCGACUGAACACUCAAUGCUUUGUCUGUACAAUGGUUACCUGUGGGCUAGUGCAGUGGUUUGUAACUGGUCCAUCUGGGUCUUAAUGAUUUGAAUAGUAGCGCUGAAGAGUGUUUUUAAUUUCCACAAGUACAACUGAUACAGAUAGCAACUGGUGUUGGCUGGGAUGUAGGACACAGUUGCUGGACCUGAAGGCCAAGCAGGAGUGGAUGGAAGGAUUAUAGUAUUGUGUGAAAGGCAGAAACAUUUGGAUCUUUGAGGCAAGUAGCUUUCACAUUAUUACCAUCAGUGUGUGCACUUAAACUAUAUAUAAUUACAAUUCCAGAACCUUCUACUUAUACCAGAAAGCCUGAAGAAGUUGUUUUUAGAAAAGCUGCACCAGCAGUUGUGGCCUCUUCUUACCUGAAACAUGAGGAGAGGUCGAGUGUGCUGGUGAAAUCCAGAAGUGACUGCACGAGAGUCCACGUGUACAGUAGAAUAUAUUUUAUUAUUUUUCUAGAUGUGCUCAUCUGCAUUUGCUGCAGUAAAAAUCAUGUGCCUGAAAGUGUCCAACUUGAUGCUUGAACCAUAACUUUGUUUUCUCACUCAGUGUGCUGCUAGGUAAGACCUGACACUUCCAGUUCUCUGCGUUGUUCUCUAGAACAAUAGAGGUGGUUUUGAGAUACUUUGGAGUGUGGACCAGCUGAUUCUGAUGCUGCUGCUUGUACAGAAUGGCAUAUACAAAAUACUGUGAGCUUUUGCUGCAGCUGAAGCUUUGUGCAAACAUAGCUUCAUCCCACUCUGAGGAUGGACAGCAAACUAUUAUACAGUUUUAGACUUACUACACUAGUGAGUCUUUCACAGACACUUCUGGUUUUAUAUCAAAGUAUUAUGAACACAAGGCAAGCAGUAGAGAACAUCUGAGCAAUGAAGGUUCAGUGGGGAAUUAGUGCAUGGCAGGAUUCCAGUUAAGUGAUUAGUUAGAACAGAAAUUAAGCCUAAAUUCUUUUCUCACCCCUCUUCCCUGGUGCUAAUGGAGCUUAACUGGCCCUCUGUCAAUGUGAAGUAGAAAGAAGAGGAGGAGUUGAUCGUGUCUCUUGAGGUAGCACAGGUCUAUAACGCCACAAAUGUUAAUUUGGCAAUUAGAAGUGUGUGUUGUUUCACUUGAUAGGGUGCUGAAAUUACUGCGGUGUGUUCGCAGAGCGGCCGGCGAGAGAAGCUCGGUCUUUGUGCAGCCUCGCUUGUUUGGCACAAGUCCUGCUUCUCAAAAUGUCUAUCAGGCGUAAUUAAAUUGCUAUUAGAAGGCUUUUUUAAACUGUUGUGACUUUUUCAAAAGGCGUUUUGUAGCCUGAUUAGCUUGAAAAGCCUAAUUAGAUGGUUUAUUGUCUAGAACUAGCAUCUUCCACUAAAUUCCAAAAGAUACUGCAGUGAAUAUUGUAGGUUUGUAGCCAUAGUCCUGAAUGUAAACCCUGUUGAGCGCUGGAGAUGACUUUCUUUGCUGUCAGAUAUAAGACUUUCUGGUUUCUUUGCUUUUGAAUUUGGAGGAGGUUAAGAUAAGGGUGCCUGGAGCGCUGCGUUAGGAGUCUGGUCUGUGGUGUUUCUGACUGUCGGCACGCUCACCUGAGAAUUCCAUUUCAGUGCACACAUGCUCUGGGAUGGUGUUACAGGUGUGUGUCUGGAAGCUGUCUGAAGCAAAAACAGGGUACUAAAUUCAUUUCUGCAUGAUUCCCUUGGAUGUUGUCACUGUAAUGGUACAAACCCACCUGUUAAAGGUAUUACACUGGCAAAGAGUUCAGGAUGUUUUAUAGUUGAGUGUGACGUUCUCAAUUUAAAAUGAGGCCUCCUGCCACUGCUAAUGGCCAAAUUUGCCUUUUUCUUGAUUAGAAAUCUGCCAGUCCCGGUCUUGAGACAUCCUCCUCCUUUUCACAAAUACUUAGUGCAGAAAAAGCGCAGAAAGCCCACACAAGUACUUGUCCAAAAAUAACCUGCUUAUGCUGUUGCAAACGCAACCCCUGGCCUGCAGGUAACCAUUUUCCAUUGCAAGGAAAGGAAGAAAUGGUUGUAAGAAACACUGCUGCUGCUUUGGACUCCAGGAAACCUUUUUAACUACUUUCAUCUAAUCGAGAGUACUAGGAAUAGGUGCCAUCAGCCAAGAGACGCGUGUUGGUGUGGUAAAACCUGGGGUACUCCUUCCUCUUUGUGACCCUUCCCUCUUGCUGGAGAAGGCUGCCUUCCACAGAAGGCAAUUUGGGAGGUGUUUGGGGUUUGUUUUUUCCCUCCUUGUCAUCACAAAACGUUCUCUUGAGGAGCAUAUUCUUGGCACAGUGAUCCUGCUGCUGUAAGGGUUAACGAGUUGUUUCCUAAACGAUGGUACGUGUUUAGAUGAUAUGGGUAAGGGGGACUGUGUAUGACAUGCACCUCGUGACUUCACUCCUGCUAGUCUGUUAGUGUUCAUUCUUGUGGACCUUAAUAAGCUUAUUUAUUGUUUACCUAGUGGGUCUAAUCAAGUCCUUUUGCUGAGUUUCAGCUUGGGAUUCUCCUGCCUCGUCUCUGCCAUUAAGGUUGCUGGAGUAACUCAUCUGGGUAGGAACAAAAUUCCUGGCACUUCAGGUACUGUCCAGCGAGCUGAGUACCCAUGUGUCUGUGUCACUGCAAAGGGCUGGAAAAGCCCUGGUGAAGUUCAGAUAAUUCUGUAACAAAAUCGAAGCAUUUCAUCCAUAAUCAGUUAAAAAUUUGUGCUGGAAAGAAUCCGCAGUGAGCAUAUUGUGUGAAAAAUAAUGGAGAGGGGUGAAUGUCUAUAAGAACAGAAAACUGUGGGUGGGCACAGAGGGAAGAAAUGUGAUAAGCCAGAGAGGGAUCACCCGGAUCCUGUAAUGUUGUGGAGGAAUUGUGUUCAAGUUGGAUGGUGACUUCUGUUAAAACACAACUUUUAUUAUUUAGUUGGAAGAAGAUUGUAGUACUUUUUACGUUAUCAGUUUUGCUUAAAAAAGGUAGUUUUGAGUUGUGUGUGUGUGCAUGAGUGUGGUAUGAAACCGGAACAUUUCACCCAGCACUUCUGUCCCUUCUUGAGAUACAGCUCUGUGGACUCAAACAGCUGCAGUGUCGGUUUGUAUUAAAGUACAUCCUUAAUUAUGGGGUUCAGAACCUUCAAGGCAGCUCCCAGGUACUGAUUUUGCGCCUUCUCCCUGCUCGGAGGCCAAACCAGUGGAAGCCAACUCGCUUCCACCGCUGCGUCGUGAUUAGAGGGGACCCAAAUUACCCGUGUACAUGAGAGAAUUCAAGUGGUGCAGCUGUUUGGCCGGUACUGGUGGAAUUUUGCACCAUUAUCGACUUGUGAAAUGCUGCCUGUGUGGGACAGGGAGGAGCAGUCACAUAUUGCCGCUCACUGGCCAAAGGCAGAUUGCCGUUUUCUCCUCCACAACACCCGAGUUUCAUUCCAUAGUUGACCAAAAGCAAGAGAUCCCUUCCUGGGUGGAUUGCUGCACCCCGAAACCCCACUGACCCUGAUAUUUACUGAGUAGCUGUUGUGUAGCUCUGACCUUGGAAGUGCUGAGCUGGGAGAGGUGGGACUGUCACCCACAGACACUUGUGCCACGUGGGGUGAUCAGAGGCUGUGACUGAUGUUGGUGUUGGGCUGGGAAACGUAGCAGGGAACCCAGAGCUGGGAUUUUGGGGGGCGGUUCCCCAGCACACCCGCCAUUCCCCAGGAUGGCACUGCAGCCCCCCAGUGUACAAACAUCCAGCGGGUUCCUGUUGUACAGCAGAAGCUGUUUGAACUUAGUCUCUUUUUUUUAAUUAUUAUUAUUAUUAUUAUUAUUUUAAAAUGUGACAUUAAGGAGACUUUUUUUUUUGUAAAUUGUUUUCCCUUUCUGUGUAUAAAUCCUGGCCGCUCCUCGUUUUGGUUCGUUUGGUUUGGUUUUUUUUUACAUGUCCAUGCUGUGUAAUUUUGAGAUGUUACUGAGAUUCUGAACAUAAUGUGCAUUUUUUUUCUUUCUGUACAGAUGAAAUGGGAGAAUUUAAUAAAAAGAGUCUGCAGGUUUUUA